UAAGUUCAGUGCUCGGCGGAGAAUUGGAUCAAACACUUGUGUGUGCUCGCCUCCAAAUCGAAUUGCGUUAUCCUGAAUCCGAACCUCAAGGACCUCGUGUGCUGCGAGUGCGUGUGUCAAACUAAUGCCAAAGUAAUCAAAGCCGAACGCAUUAAAGCGACGCGGCUGGAAGUCAAUAAAAAUAAACUACAUAAAAGCAACUUGCGGUUCCGGAAAUAAUGUCAACCACUGCCGAUCCCGUGGCGCAGGGGGUAUCCUCCCCCGCUGACUCCAUCGUGGCCCAAGCCACCACAACGGUGGCGAAUGCGAUUGCGAAGACAGUGGCCGUAAUUAGCAGCACGGUUUCAACUAGCUCCACAACUGGCGCCACCCCCACCUCCACGCCCACUUCCUCAACUACUUUCACUUCCACGCCCACAUCAGCGGCCACACCAACGCCCACUCCCAUCCAAUCAUUAUCCGGAGGUCUGAAGGAUGAAGAGGAGAAGCUCAGCGUGAAGGAUUUGAGCCAGGCCCUGCAGCAUUUCGGCAUUGUUGAUUACUUGGUCUUCAUCGCCAUGUUGGCGGUCUGCGCCGUUAUCGGCUUCUAUUUCGGCUUUAUCGAAAAGAAGCAGAAGAAGCAGAAGCUGGCCGACAAGGACGGCGGGGGGGCGGCGGGCGUCGAGGAGAGGCGUGGCUCUGAGGCGUUGGACUACCUGGUGGGCGGACGUCAAAUGAAGGUGUUUCCGGUCGCCCUGUCACUUGUGGCCAGCUUCGUGUCUGGAAUUUCGCUCCUGGGAACUUCGACGGAGAUCUACGUGUACGGAACCCAAUACGCCUUCAUCCUGGUGACUUUGGCCAUCUCGGGAGCCAUUUCGUGGUACAUCUUUCUGCCAGUCUUCUGCAAUCUCCAGCUGACUUCCACCUAUGAGUAUUUUGAGAGACGUUUCAGCCGGCGAAUGCGUUUGUUCGGAGCUAGCCUCUUUGUUUUAAAGGCGAUUAUUUGGCUUCCCAUUGCUGUGUAUGUCCCAGCAUUAACCUUUAACCAAGUGUCUGGAAUUGGUAUCCACACCAUUACACCUAUUGUGGUCAUCAUUUGCACCUUUUACACCUGCGUGGGCGGAUUGAAGGGCGUGGUUUACACGGAUGUCGUUCAGAGCGUUAUUAUGUAUGGAUCCCUAAUUGUAAUCAUGAUCAAGGGCACCUUGGAUUUGGGUGGCCUUACUGAAGUGUGGAGGAUCAACGAUGAAGGUGGACGUCUCAAUGCCCCAGAAUGGAGCAUGGAUCCCACUGUUCGGAUAAGUGUAUUCUCUGUGUUUGUGGGCGGAACCUUCUUUAAGCUUCAGAGCACAUCGAUUAACCAAGCCACUGUGCAGCGUUUCAUGUCCCUGCCAUCGUUGAAAGCCAUCAAGCAAACCCUCAUUACGUUCUCCAUCGGAAUAACGAUGCUCUAUAUGGGAUGCGUCUACAUAGGAUUGGUGUGCUAUGCCACCUAUCAUGAUUGCGAUCCCAUGUCCACAGGACUCGCUGGACGUCGGGAUCAGCUGGUACCCCUGCUGGUGAUGCGUGUCCUGGGAGUUGUGCCUGGUCUGCCAGGACUUUUUGUUUCGGCCGUAUUUAGUGCGGCCCUCAGCUCUUUAUCCACGCUCCUUAACUCCUUGGCCGCCGUAAUCCUGGAGGACUUUAUAAGGCCGCGCAUGGGAAACAAGAUGAAGGAGAGCCACGUGGCUCUGACCAUGCGAGUGGUGGUGGUAACCUUUGGCAUUAGCUCCAUAUUUAUGGUCUAUGUGGUGGAGAAACUGGGCAUGGUGCUGCAGCUGUCGGCCACUCUCCAGUCGAGUUUAUAUGGACCCAUGUUGGGAAUAUUCACUGUGGGAAUGCUAAUGCCUUGGGUGGGCGAAAAGUGCGUUUUUGUGGGCAGCAUUGUUUCCUUUUUAACCAUGGCUUGGAUAGCGGUUAAUGCCCAAAUUAACAACAUAACUGGUUCCUUCCGUCAUACAAAACUUCCAGUUUCGGUGGAAAAUUGUGAAUAUGAGUUUGACAUGGGUCGUUACCUUAACUCCACUGCGGAUUAUGAACCUCACUCUGGAAGCUCUAUUUAUCACAUGUCCUUUCUUUUAUACGCUAUGUUGGGAGCUCUGCUUACAAUUACUUUUUCCAACCUGUUAACUUUUGUAUUUGGACGCCAGGACAUCAAGGAUGUGGAUGAGAACCUGUUGGCACCGCCUGUCCAGCGUUAUCUACGAAAGAACAAUUAUUACGAAACCGUUGAGCUCAAGAAUGAAGUUUUGAAGCUCAACGAGAGUUGCGAUUAAUGAACUUAUUGAUUGCAUCAGCAUAUAUUUUUCCUAUUCCUAACCCUUUGUUCCUAUUGACCGAUGUGAAUCAAUCCACACGGCAACUUACAAAUAAUAUUAACUGGUUUACUUUGUUCGAUAUAUAAUCAUAUUGUUUUUCAUACAUUAAUUCAAAUUGAAGAGGCUUUUAAAUAAAAUUAUAUGAAUAAAACAUUGUUUAAAAGGUUCUUAAAAUAUUUAUUUUUAAUUUCGAUUGUCAGCUACGACAGCCAGUUGCGAAACAUGAAAAGGAUUCCAAUACUUAAGGAUUCUUUGCUUGUAUUGCAACUGGCUGUCAUAUCAGAUUUAUGUUCUAAGGGCUAAAUAAAAUACUAUCUCUGUUUGGCAGCCACCGAACCAAUUCCAUA